CCAGCAGCAGCAGCAGCAGCAGCAGCAGCGAGGCAGCGCGGGGAGAACCGGGGACAGUUCCGCUGGCGGAGCAGCCGGGCCGGGACGAUGCUGCGGGUGCGGUGCCUGCGCGGGGGGAGCCGCGGCGCCGAAGCGGUGCACUACAUCGGGUCUCGGCUAGGACGAAUCUUAACAGGAUGGGUGCAGCGAACUUUCCAGAGCACCCAGGCAGCUCCAGCUUCCUCCCAGAAUUCCUGUGCAGCUGACGACAAGGCCACUGACCCCCUGCCCAAAGACUGCCCUGUCUCCUCCUACAACGAAUGGGACCCCUUAGAGGAAGUGAUCGUGGGCAGAGCGGAAAACGCCUGUGUACCACCAUUCACCGUGGAGGUGAAGGCCAACACAUAUGAAAAGUACUGGCCAUUUUAUCAGAAGUAUGGAGGGCAUUCUUUUCCCAAAGAUCAUUUGAGAAAGGCUGUGGCUGAAAUUGAAGAAAUGUGCAAUAUUUUAAAAAUGGAAGGAGUGACAGUGAAAAGACCUGACCCCAUCGACUGGUCCCUGAAGUAUAAAACUCCAGAUUUUGAAUCUACAGGUUUAUACAGUGCGAUGCCACGAGACAUCCUGAUGGUUGUGGGAAAUGAGAUUAUUGAGGCUCCCAUGGCAUGGCGUGCACGCUUCUUUGAAUACCGUGCGUACAGGUCAAUUAUCAAAGACUACUUCCAUCGUGGCGCCAAGUGGACAACAGCUCCUAAACCCACAAUGUCUGAUGAGCUCUAUGAUCAGGUUAAAUCUGGUGGCCAAAUUGAUCUUUUCAAGAAAGCUGGAUGGACCAUAGUUACUCCACCAAUACCGGUCAUCCCAGAUGAUCACCCACUCUGGAUGUCAUCCAAAUGGCUUUCCAUGAAUGUCUUAAUGUUAGAUGAAAAACGUGUUAUGGUGGAUGCCAAUGAAGUCCCAAUCCAAAAGAUGUUUGAGAAGCUGGGCAUCAGUACCAUUAAGGUUAACAUUCGUAAUGCCAAUUCCCUGGGAGGAGGCUUCCAUUGCUGGACCUGCGAUGUCCGCCGCCGAGGUGCCCUUCAGUCCUACUUUGACUGAGUAGGCCUGGUGGGGCUUGAGACAUGGCCUUAGAAACACCUGAAGAAGCUUAGGGGCAAGGUUCAUUCUCCCGCUUUAAAAACUGCAUGAAUUGUAGUGCUUUAAACAAUCAUAUCCUUAACAGGGGUCUCAAGCCUGGUUUACUUUUAUUACUUUUCUUUGACAUAAGGAAAAUAACUUCUACUAAGUUUUCCUUUCUUCUAAAGUUAGUUACUACUUGUCUUCAAGUAUAAAAAUUGGGCAAAUGUGUACCAAGACAAAAAUUAGUCACUUGGAUAACUUGGCCACUAAUAUUUAACCAUCUACCUCUGUUUUUUUUAAUUUUCUUUCCAAAAGGCAGCUUGAAAUGUUGGUCCUAAUCUUAAUCUUUUUUUCCUUUUUGAUAGACUCAUGAAUGUUUGUAUGACUUCUUUUUUUUCUAAAUGAGAGAAAGACUUGGAAAGGUACAGAUCCUAAAUAGAGCCAAACAACUCUCUUUUUCUGAAGAAGAAUUUGGGAAGUUCUUAAUUUUUUGUUUUUAAAACAAUAACCUAGACUAUGCAAACAUUAAAGUGGAUUUUCCAUGAAUAUUAACAUUCUCAUCUCAGCAGUUAUGAUAUGUGUUACUAAAACCCAUGUCAUACAACUUACCUCAUUUCAAGUGAAGUAUUUUUAUCUUGAUCUUUUCCUCUUUCCAAAAUUUUUCACAACUAUUUAGUAUACUAGGAGAUAGCUAUCAAUUCCCACCCCUGAAUUUUAAUGCUCAAUAUCUAAUAGGUACAUUGCAUCUUUAGCAAUCUAAGAUCUGUUUACAUAUGUGCAAAUUAUUUAAAGCAUAGAUUUAAAAGCAUUUUUAAAGCUAAUGGUGGUAAAAAAAAACCUAUAUGCAAUGUGAAGUAAUUUUAAUGUUGGAUACUAUACAUGUAUUUUUAUUCUAAUAAACUUUUGUGCUUCAGAUUGGAUUUUA